AUGGCAAGAACCAAGCAAACUGCAAGAAAAUCCACAGGUGGACCUGCUCCGUACGGUAGACAUUAUCGUGGAGUAUGGAAUGUUACGCCACAGCAUCAUGUUCCUCGAUCCAAAAAAGCGAAACAAGAAGUCAAAUCUCUUCAUCAUGAUGAUGCAGAGAAACCAAAAGACAUUUUGAAGACUCAGAUGGAAAAGGCUAUUGCCAUAGCUACUCAAAAUCUUGAUCAGAAUGGUGGUACCACUCAUCACCAGGACAUGAUGAUUCCUAUUGAACAACAAUAUGAACAUGUUUCCGAUUUGACUAAAUUAUGGAUUGUUCAAGAUCAGAGAAGACUUUGGAAGAGUAGUAGCAGCUCAUCAUCAUCACCAUCGAUGGAUGAUGAUUUGGAAAACCUUUCCAUCUUGUUACGAGAUUUACCUUCUGAUCUCAAGUAUGACAUUAUUGAUUUCAUUCCGACCUAUUCAAAGAGAAUGGCUCUCAUGGAACAGACUUUAACGAGAAAUCUAAAAGUGGUUGAAAUCAAUGAUCCCCGAACCGUGUUUUAUCAUGAAUUCAAUCCUUUAGACCCAGCUGAAAUUGAAAAGAAGAGAGCUCAUGGAUGCAUGUAUGAGCAUGACACCAUUUUCUUCGCCAACCACAAGAAGAGGCUGAUCAACAAAGAGUAUGCCAUUAGAAUGAAACAUUGUCUAUUGAAACACACAACAACUCUUGACAUGUCCACGGCUGUAGAGAAAAAGUCUUUCAUAUUCUUCCUUACUUUUAUUAGAGCUCAGAGAUUGUAUAUGGAGGGUCGUACUGAUAUGAAUGAUGUUUUAAUGUAUCAAGACAAAGCUGAAAUUGAGGCCUUAUUUUUGAAACCAAGACCUGUCAAAGAUCCAAACAAUGAAAACGAUAUGCAGGCAUCUGACCAUGAAGACUUCUUCUCAAAACCAAUUUCCGCCAAAGUACCCAACCGUUUUAAAGUGAAAGACAGUUACCAUGACGAUGAAAACUUUGAAAGUGCCACGAUGGAUGAGGAGACUAAAAAGGAGGAGGAGACUGAUGACAAUACCAGUCUUGUGUUGAAUAGCGUUCAAAGUAUUUGGGGAACACUAUCGAAUCACCAACCUACUUGUGAAAUUUCAGAUGCUGAUAUUCAAAUGACCAUCAAACAAGUUAUCAAGGACCAGGACCAAGACCUUUCUUCUUUCAGAAGAGGAGAAACUAAAAAAUCGGAAAAGAAAGCGUUUGCAUGGAAAACAGAGGAUGAUACUGAACUCUCCCUAAAGCCUACACAUCUCAUUUACGAGGAUGUCAUUCCAUUUGAGAUGUUGGCUACGUGCAGUCUUUUCAAUCUACACACCACAUCACCCAAGUACACUGACAAUGUUGAGGAAGUAUUGGAAUUCGUCGGUCACAACACCACGCUGCAACACCUUUAUUUAGGACAAGGAAGUGAUUUAGACACAAAAAUUGUCCUUUCAUGUUGCAAGGGAUUACGUAAACUUAGCCUUGUGGGUUGGUCUUCUUUGUACAUACCCUUCUUUAAACACGCAAAAGAUACCAUUAUCGAAACACCAACACUACCCAACCUUUCCAUCAUCGAUUUAUGUGGCUGCUACAAAGAAUGUCUUUCCACUGGAUCAACCUCCUUUUUGGACCAGUUACUUGAGAAAAAUCCAACCAUAGACACAAUUUGUUUCAGUUUAAUGCAAUUGGAAGAGCCAGAACUCGAAGACUAUGACAUAUUUACCAAGUAUAAGAAUGUAUUUUUUGGAGAAAGAAGAAUUGAAUCGAGAGGAAAUUCCCAAAAUAUUGCACUCUUUAUUAACAAUGCUUUGACUUAUACGACAGACACAUUUGUAGAGAUUAUAUCAAGUGUUAGAGCAUUCAGGCAAGAUUUUAGCGCUCUUUUCCCCAGAUGGAUGGGAAAUUAUUACUAUCAUGAGAACGACGACCAAGGAAUUGAUUACCUUCUCAAAGUUAAGGAUGCUGUGGAUGUAUUAUUUAGAGAUUAUCUCUUUCCUUUAGAAUGUAUCACUCAAAAGUCGUUUUUAAAGCCCGAAUUAUUUGAAUACGCUGUAUAUUUGGCUAAUACUUAUCAGAACGGGCGAUUCUUUCCUAGUCCAAUCGCAGGAACAUAUACUUGGUUUAGUGUUGACACAGAGUUCAGUAGGGCUGUCAUUGCUGGGUUGAAAGUCGAGAACAGCAUGGAGGAAUUAGCGUUUGGCAUGACCAAGGAUUACUUGGAAGACAUUCUCACCUUUUUACAAGCAAAAUAUUCCUCUGGAAAGAGUUUUGACUCGAUUUUGAGAUAUUUAUUUAUUUAUUCUCUUAGAAUUAAGGCUGACAUUGACUUAUUCUCCAAGAUCUUGAGAUUUAUCAAGAAAAAAGCAGACAAACUUGACACCAAUCUCAUAUUCUCUCCUGUGAAGUGUGUUAUUUCUCCACAUCACUUGAAAACAGUCAAAGAAGAAAUUGAUCCCUCCUUUUCGUACAUUUCUAUUCCAAGCGCUGCUUUUGUAUUUCAAACAACCUUCCAAUGCUCGGCUCUUUUCCUAGAUGUCGUACCAAAUCAUGAUUUAUUGUAUCGCAAUGAGCUCGGUGAUACAUUUUUACAUAUUCCUCUGGUCUUUAAAGAACAGCUUGCUGUUGAACUUGCACUUCAAAAAGAGCCAAAAUUGGCUCAUGUUUUGAAUAAUGAGUCAAGAUCUAUCCUCCACAUUUUAGCACGAACAGUUACAAAUAUUCCAAUUAUUCACCGAUUGGUGUCACACUACAAAGUUGAUACCAACCUCAAAGAUAUUUAUGGUAUGACUCCAUUUGAUGACUUGAGCGAAGUUGAAAUUGAGGUUGUAGGUGAUUCUUUCAGUCUCAAUCCAAAAUCUGGAGCAACAGGCCAGUGGGAUUAUUAUUAA